UCUGCUGUUGCUCGACAGCCCGCAUCCCGACUCUGGAAUCCUAUCAACUACGUGCCCCGCACAACACCAGUCGCCAUCCCACGUCCACAACAACAACCGUCUGAUGAACAUCUUCCGAUUGAAGCCCAUCGCGACGCUUACCCCCUGCUGACGAUCCCAGAGCAACGUCGCAGCAGACAGAAUCCCAGCCCAAGCAGCUUGGCCGUGGAACGCAGUAUUUGCGAGAGCGAGAGUGGACGGACGAGCAUUGGCUUGCCCCCUGGACACAGAAGGAGCGGAAACUGGGAAGAAACUGUCAGGGAAGAGAUGACAGCGCAGACCAGUGCCAACAGGCAAGAGAACGACCUUCCAGGGCGACCAGAACCACUGCACCUGAGACAGGAUGGAGGGAGAGGUCCCGAAGAUGUCAGAGUCGCGCAGCCUCGCCAUGUCCAGUCACAAGUCUCCCUGCGGUCACAGACGUUCGCGUCUCUACCGUCUCCUACAGGGAACCAUACUUCAGGCGGUGGUACGACCGGAGAAGGAGAUCCAGGAGAGGAACUGGCGUGGGGUCCAGCACAUCCUUGCUUUCCACAUCUGAAUCCUCACGUACCAAUUGCUUCGGAUGAAUAUCUCGCGACACGAAUCAUCCGCAUACGACGGGACUGGAUGGUGAAGGGUGACUUGGCCCCGACAUUUUCCAACCUGUAUCCGGAGAUCCUCGAUCCUUUGCUGUCAGAACAGGAGUUUCGCAGCGUCAUUUCCAAGGUCAAUUCGGAGCUCAUCAAAGCUUUCGAUCCCUACAACCUCCGCAAUUGGUUCGACGGCGCGAUGGGUCUCCUGACAGGCUGGGUGUGGGAUGAUUUAGGAGCUACUGGUAUUAAAAGCCAUCUGCGGCACCUCGAGGAUUGGCUGGAGAACUGGAACCGGGAAGUGGGUGCGAAAGAAGGCGUACGAAUAUGGCCCCUUCGAAGGACGGCAUAUAUGUCGUUGGACAUCCAAAUUCCGGAUCCGAAGGUUGGUAUUGUCACUGAUGCGCCCUCGUUGUCCGGGACCAGAACCAGCAGCGGGUUAGGGCCUGUCGACCCCCAUGCCAGGUAG